UGCUCUAAUACAAAGUACGAGAUACCCUGGUUGUUGUCUGACUCUGAUCCAAUCAAACCUAACUGCCACAAAGUUAAGCAGAGAGACAGAGGAUGAGUGGAGCAGAGAAGGUGGUGUGCGUGACUGGAGCUUCAGGUUACAUAGCUUCAUGGCUGGUGAAGCUCCUUCUCCAACGUGGGUAUACUGUCAAAGCUACAGUUCGUGACCCAAAUGAUCCAAAGAAAACAGAGCAUUUACUUUCACUUGAUGGAGCUAAAGAAAGAUUUCAAUUAUUCAAAGCACAUUUAGUGGAAGAAGGAUCUUUUGAUUCUGUAGUUGAUGGAUGCCAAGGUGUUUUUCAUACAGCAUCCCCUGCUAUUUUAGCAGCCAGUGACCCACAGUCAGAACUAAUUGAUCCAGCAGUGAAGGGAACACUUAACGUUCUUAGAUCAUGUGUGAAAGUUGCUUCUAUCAAGAGAGUGAUUGUAACGUCUUCUCUGGCUUCAAUUAUACACAGCAGAAGACUUCUGGCCCCAGAUGUAGUUGUCGACGAGACUUGGUUUUCCGAUCCCGUUUUGUGUAAGGAGUUGAAGCUCUGGUAUCAGCUCUCAAAAACCUUAGCUGAGGAGGCUGCUUGGAAGUUUGCUGAAGAGUGUGGCAUUGACUUGGUAGCAAUAAAUCCAGGUUUUUCCAUUGGUCCCCUCAAAGAGCCAACUCCUACUUCUAGUAUGAAGGUUUUUCUGGAGCUCAUGAAUGGAAGUCUAGUGUUGCCAGAUGGAUUUUACAGUUUUGUUGAUGUUAGAGAUGUUGCACAUGCACAUAUUCAGGCAUUUGAAACUCAUGCUGCCAAUGGCAAAUAUUGUUUAGUGGGAAGUGUAACACACCAUUCAGAAGCUUGCAAGAUAUUGUUUGUAGAUAUAAUUCAGAAGCUUUACCACCCGAGUUUCCACCUUCCUGAAAAAGAUGAAGAUGACAAACCUUUACGUCCAUUGCACAAGGUUUCCCAAGACAAAGCCAAAAGUUUGGGUAUUAGCUUCAUUCCUUUGGAAGUGAGUUUCAGGGACACUAUUGAAAGCUUGAAGGAGAAGGGCUUCCUCACUACCUGAAUUAUGUAGUUAUAAGGGAACUUAUGCAAAUAAGUGCUAACAAUUUGUGUAUGCAG